UCUGACAAGCUUUGCUAAAAGACCAGCAUUAGAAGAUCGCAAUGAGGAGUCUUCCAGUUCUCCUGUUAUACCUGGCAUUUUCUGCAGCCUACCCUCUGGACCCAGCAGCCACAGUUGGAAAACUGAGCAUGGAUCGUGUCCAGAAAUACCUGGAAGACUUCUACCACCUUGAAAAAAAUGUGAAUCAGUUUGUUCGUAUGAAGAGCAGUAGCCCUGUCGUUGCAAAAAUACGAGAGAUGCAAAGGUUCUUAGGCUUGAAGGUGACUGGGAAUUUGGAUGAUGAUACUAUGGAGAUGAUGAAGAAGCCCAGAUGUGGAUUUCCUGAUGUUUCUUCUUAUGCUUUCUUUCCCUAUAUGUCUAAAUGGAAAAAAAAUGAGGUUACGUACAGGAUUGUGAACUACACAACUGAUAUGAAACAAACUGAUGUAGACACUGCCAUAGAGAGAGCUCUGAAAGUCUGGAGUGAUGUUACUCCCCUCACAUUCACCAGGCUCGAUGAAGGAGAGGCUGACAUAAUGAUCUCUUUUGCUGUAAAAGAUCAUGGAGAUUUUCUACCCUUUGAUGGACCUGGGGGAGUCUUGGGUCAUGCCUAUCCACCUGGGCCUAAGAUUAAUGGAGAUGUUCACCUGGAUGAUGAUGAAAAAUGGACAGAAGAUAAGAGUGGAGUCAAUUUAUUCCUUGCUGUUGCUCAUGAAUUUGGCCAUUCGCUGGGUCUCGCACAUUCUAGUGAUACCAGAGCUCUGAUGUACCCAGUCUACGACAUAAACACAGACCUCACUAAGUUCCGCCUUUCUCAGGAUGAUAUUGAUGGCAUUCAGUCUCUCUAUGGAUAUCCAUCAGUACCACCUACCACAUCUACAGAAAACGAGACACUUGAAAAGGACCCAGCAACUUGUGACCCAAACAUGUCUUUUGAUGCAGUGAGCACUCUUCGGGGAGAAAUGUUGUUCUUUAAAGACAAGUACUUUUGGCGGAAGUCCACCAACAGUAUAGAGCCGACACUCUGUUUGCUGUCUGCUUAUUGGCCCUCUCUUCCAUCGGGUUUUGAUGCUGCCUAUGAACUCACUACCAAGGACACGGUUUUUGUUUUUAAAGAAAGCAAGUUCUGGGCUGUCAGAGGAAGUGACAUCCAGCCAGGUUACCCGAGAGAUAUCUAUACUCUGGGCUUUCCACGAACCGUAAAGAAGAUUGAUGCAGCAUUUUUCCACAAAGAAAAACAAAAAACAUAUUUCUUUGUGAAUGACAUUUACUGGAGGUAUGAUGAAAAGAGACAUGCCAUGGACCAUGGCUAUCCCAGACAGAUAGCAACUGAUUUUCCAGGAGUUGACGAGAAGGUCGAUGCUGUUUUUGAGGCAUUUGGGUUCUUCUAUUUCUUCAGCGGAUCCUCCCAGAUUGAAUUUGAUCCUAAUGCUCAGAUGGUGACCAGAACCCUGAAGAGUAACAGCUGGUUUAAUUGUGAAGAGAGACUGUCAUAAAAUGAGGGCAUUGUCAAAGCCCUCUUCACUAAAGCUGUUGAGGAUGAAAAUGGUUCAUUUUCUGAUGAAUGUGCAAGGACCAGGGGAAAAUACAAGCCUGAUAUCUGUGCCUUAAAAGUGUGUUAAUUUAUUGUGUCAUAUCAAGUUGAGCCAUAUUUCUCCUUUUUUCUCUUUUUUUACCUUUGCUAGGUUUCCGCUGAUACAGAGGAAAACACUAAUGUGCAAUAGACAGGAGAAUGUGCCUUAAUAAGUUAUUGUUUGUUAUUCA